AUGUCUAGCUACUUGACAAACUUCUUCCCUAGCGGCGGGAAGCAGGAUGGUACCAGGCCCCAGACCCCCAUGAGGCCGGGCACCUCGAGCUUCGUCAACCCCGUCAGCACACCUCAGGGGAGUCCCAGCAAGAGGACCCUUCCGCCUGGCGCCAAUGAGCUGCCUGCCGCGUUCGAGUCUAUGAAGCUUUCAACGCCUACCAAGCUCGCGACUGCCCUCGACAGUCCCAUCAAGCUCGGCCGUCCCCAGAGUGUGGCCACGCCUCUCUCGCCUGGAAAGAGCAACCUCAAAGACGUGGGCGAUGAUACCUUUGAGGACCUCACAGGCAAUGGCAGUGCUGUUAGUGUCGUCCACAAGCAGGUGGACAAGAACUUGCCGAAACCUUACCCUGUGCCCACUCCCAGGAGAAAGGAAAGGGAUCAGAACCAGGAGAACACACCACCAGUCGUGACCCGCGAUCCCCGCGACCCCCGCGACCCUGCCACUGAGCCAACAUAUCAGCGCAGUCAUGCUGCCCUCUCCCGACAGGAACUAUACCAGACAAGAGAGCGCGCCUCACCCACGGUCAAGAGAUUUAACACGUCGAGAGGCCUCACUCCCGAGGAGCGCGAGCUACUAAACAAGCCCAAUGUCAAGCGACUGGUCAACGUGACGCAGCUGUACUUCCUUGACUACUACUUUGACCUGCUCACCUAUGUCGGACAACGACAAAACCGUCUGAAUGCCUUCAAGGCCGAAUUCCCCCCACCACCCGAGACCGACGAGGAGACGUACAAGCAGAUGUGGCACAAGUACGCUGGUCGGGAACGUGCUAAUCUCCGCAAGCGACGAGUGAGACUGCGCCAGGGCGACUUCCAAAUCCUUACCCAGGUCGGUCAAGGUGGAUACGGACAGGUCUUUUUGGCCCAGAAGAAGGACACCAAGGAGGUUUGUGCGCUCAAGGUGAUGAGCAAGAAGUUGCUGUUCAAGCUGGACGAGGUGCGACAUGUGCUGACGGAGCGAGACAUCUUGACAACCGCCAAGAGCGAUUGGCUGGUACGCUUGCUGUACUCCUUCCAAGAUGACAGGAACAUUUAUCUUGCCAUGGAGUACGUGCCGGGAGGCGAUUUCCGCACCUUGUUGAACAAUACUGGCGUGCUCUCAAACCGGCACGCUCGCUUCUACAUUGCCGAGAUGUUUUGCGCGGUCGAUGCCCUUCAUCAGCUGGGUUACAUUCAUCGCGAUCUCAAGCCGGAGAACUUCCUAGUCGAUUCGACUGGCCACGUCAAGCUCACCGAUUUUGGCCUGGCGGCUGGUUUCCUUGCCCCUGCCAAGAUCGAGUCAAUGAGGAUUCGCUUGGAGAAGGCAUCUGAGACCUCGGUGCCGUUUGGCAAGCCGAUGGACCAGCGAACCGUUGCCGAGAGAAGAGAAGGCUACCGGACAAUGCGUGAUCGGGAUACCAAUUACGCCAAGUCGAUUGUUGGAUCUCCAGACUACAUGGCCCCGGAGGUGCUGAGGGGCGAGGAGUACGACUAUACUGUCGAUUACUGGAGUCUGGGCUGCAUGCUCUUUGAGGCUCUGACAGGUUUCCCGCCUUUCGCAGGAUCUACCGCAGACGAGACUUGGCGCAAUCUCAAGCACUGGAAGGAGGUUCUCAAGCGUCCGGUCUGGGAAGACCCCAACUACUUCCUCAGCAACCGGACAUGGAGUUUCAUCACGACUUGCAUCAACUCCCGAUCGCGGCGCUUCAACAACAUUAAGGAUAUUUAUGCCCACCAUUACUUUGCCGAGGUCGACUGGGCCAUUCUGCGCGAGACUAAGGCUCCGUUCGUGCCCGAGCUGGACUCGGAAACUGAUGCCGGCUACUUUGACGACUUCAGCAACGAGGCUGACAUGGCCAAAUACAAGGAGGUGCAUGAGAAGCAGCAAGCGCUUGAGGGUCUGGCCGAGCGUGGCGAGGAGAUGAACAAGAGUUUGUUUGUCGGAUUCACGUUCCGUCAUCGCAAGCCGGCGACGGAUGAUGGCGCGAGUCCGAGGAAGCCAAUUCCAUUUGAGGAGAGCAACAAUUUUGGUACGAUGCUGUAG